UCUUGCCCUGAGAGAGCUGGCUGCUCGGGUGUUCUUGCAGCUCUAGUUAUUGGUAGCUGAGACAUUUUGGUGGUCUGAGACCUUUUCCCAGAGCCUGUACUGGAAAGCAAGCACUUCUGAAGCCUUCUGUGAAGGUGCCAGAACGGAGCGGUUUCAUUAGAGCCUGAGCUACAUCUGUACCUUGAGAAAGGUUUGCACCCUCAAGUGGUGAACAGUGGGCUUUUAGUGCUUGCUGCCUGCUGGACAGGCAGCCAGACCUCAUGGAGAGAUUGGAGCAAUCCUGCGGUCCUCACUUGAAUUAAUGGUUCCAAGGUUAGGGAAUGAGUGGUAGUACUGAAUGUCAAAAUUCUCGGGCAGGAGAAGAGGUGAUACUCUCUUGGCAUUGCCAUUUUUCUAGUGUCAGCAGAAGGAGGAGAUAAAGCUUGAAUUCAAACUUUGCAUAUCCCAUAAAGGUUGUAGUGUUUGAUCCAAAGAGCAUAUUUUAAGAUGUAUAGAUUGGACCAGACUUCUCAAAUAUUCUACCUUUGAGUAAAUAACCUUUGGGCUCUGUAGGUACCUACUGCUAGUAAAGCCUUGAUUUUAGAAAAUGGCUGAUAAUAAUGCAGUGACCUGUGGUGAUCUCAAGAGGGGAACAUGUUAGGACACAGCUGAGUUGUUGAGAGAGAGCAGUGCUUUGUCCCUAAUAGCUUUGCAAAGCUGGACUUCUCUUUAAAGAUCCCAGAAGAUAGUGUCUGCUUGCAUUUUGGUGCCAAGGCACUGACAGCAGUGGAAGUCGCCCCAGGCAGAUGUCUCUGAAAGACGACUGGCCCUGCCUGCCUGUGAUUGCCUGCUGAUCAUGCCAGGUCAGUGAGCUGGGGAAGUCACAGGGGUAUGGAAGGUCUCCAGAUUCACUGACAUUUUUUGUGUCCAGUUUCCAAAAAGCUGCUAGCAGUAUUGCUCUGAACUCUGCAAAGCGUCGGGACCUGGGACUCUGUCCUAGUGCACAUAAAAGCUUUAGGGCACAUACACCAUCAGCUUACCUUUCCCCUCACGGUCCCUCUCCGCGUGCAGUCUGAUACAUCCUGUGCACUUCAUAUCACAGGUGAGUGAAGCCAGUAGUUGGCAGAACCCUCUUUUGGGGAAGGGGAGGAUUCUCAUGGGUACAUCCUGGAGCAAAACUUUGGGAAUAAUAUCCUGGGGAAACACUGGAUAGAUCAAACUUGGAGUCCUGCCAAGAGCUCACCUUGACUUACUGGUGUUCACAGGAGAUCAGCUUGCUGAUCUCAGGUUGCUGACUGCUAACCUGCGCAUGAAAAGGCUGAGGCCAGAAACAUCACGCCAAGGGAGCUGCAACAAUGGAGAGCACCUCCAGUCUUGGGUGGUUGGGCUGCUUGCUUCUUGCAGGCCCUGAAAUCCCUUGGCUGUGGAUUCCUGUUCUGGAGAACUGUGAGCUCCUUGCUGCCCUUGCAAGAGUGCCUGGAAACAGGGCAGAUCUGUGGCCUGUGUCCCAGCCCUUGGAUGGAGGCUGCCCAGCGGGACAUGCUCCCCUCCCUGAGAGGGCAGCUCCCUGAGCUGUGCUGCAGCAGCUCUCCAUAAGUGUGCUGAGUGCUGUCUCCACACAGCCUCAUCCUGGCUGUGAGGUCACAGAGCCCCACGGUGCUGUGCCAGCCAUAUGAACCAAUGCCUCAGCCUCUGGCCCUGACUACUGUAGCAGUGGCAACAGGAUGGUGCAAGUGUUGUGGGGCCAUGGCCCCUGCCUGCCACCUAAUCCUUAUCCUCUUCCUGGCAGCCCUGCACGCCAGGGCUGCCCAGGCUGCUCUGUGGCGAGCACGGGGAGCAGGUAAACGGGAGAUGCUGACACAGCCUUUCAUAGGCCAGUGGGCUCUUCUCCCCAGGAAGCAUGGAUGAUGUUUUUUUUCCCCUCCAGUGAUUUAGUGUGGGCUUCCUCUGUGUGUGUGAGAGCUCUUGGUAAGAAAGCUCUGAGGGGCUGUAUGUUGGUCUAUCCACUCCUCAAGGGGUGUUGCACAUGGCCUGGGAAGAGUAUUUGGAAAGCUGCCAGGAGCCAGCCAAGAGGUCACCAGGCCCCCCUGCAGCUUUGGCAAGCUCUGCCUACAUCUGGCUUCCAUGUCUUUACCUGACCCCCUUCCAGUGCCCACAGUUCACGAAGGCAGCAGUGGAUCCCAACAUGCAAUGGAAAUGUUUCUCAUCUGUGCUUGCUUCUAGAUGAGGGUGGUGGUGAUGGUUAUUCAGCUUCUUAGCUGGGUGUUGGUUGGGAGCCCUUGGGGCAUCCUGGAGGUGAGUUCUCAGUGUCCCUUUCCUUGAAGGAAUAAACACUGACAAUAUGGCAAGAGCUUAUUCAUGUGCCAUUUUCCUUAAGAUCCUCUGAAAGUCAAUGGCUUCCUGAAUUCUUGGCCUGUCUUCAACCCUGAGCGCAAUCCUAGAGGAGCUGUUGCGUCCUGCACUUGUUUGCAGCUGUGCCCAUAGGUGAAGGUGACCCAGCUGGGUUCCAGGAGCAAGGCUCUGGGAGAUGGUGUGGAGGCAGACCAAGAGGCUGUGCAGAAUGAUGUGUUUGCAGGAGGAAGCAGCGGCUUACUGCCAGUCCAUCCUGAAGAAACGGAGGCAAUGCAAGCCAUCGGCACAAGAGAUGCAGCUGGUGAGAGAACCACAACUGUUUCCAGUCCCCAGAAGACUGCAGGCAUUUUCUGGACCCGAGAUACACCAAAGCACCGCACUGUAGCAACUGUGGUUUCCCUGCUGCUUGCAAUACUGUUGUGCCGUGUCAUGCUCUGUUGGCAGAGGAAGUGGAAUCAGGGAGUCAUUGAUUCCACACACACGCACUGCUUCUCAUAGCCACAAAGCAUUCCUAGUCAGGCUGCUGUGGAGUGGUGAGUUAGUGUUUGGCAAAAAAAACUGCUCACGUUUCUGCUGCUGUCAGAUGCCUCAAUUGGCCUCUUAAUUCCUGGUCUGCCUUCUUGGGAGCCCACUCUGACUGGAGCCAGUGUUAGCUCAAACUGACUCUGCCUGGACAAGAGCAGCCCCCAGGAGUGCCAGGCAUAGGCAAAGCAAGGUCAGGAGGAGAAAGAGUGAGGGAUGAGAUUGCGCUAGAAGGUGAGAUGUGCACUAGUGUCCGCUCCUGACCAGUGAACCUGCCUGAGGGAAUCCACCUGCUUGCUGAGGCCAUGAGGUGCAGGUAUCCACAUCAGCCAAGGUGUGCUGGCAGCUCAGCCCAUGCUGGUGAUCCUGGCCACCUCUGGGCCAUGCUGUGGAGGAGUCCCUGUGUCCCAUCUACAACUGAGGGCCUCAGCAGCCUCCUCUCUACACAGACAUGCCUCUACAGCUUCAGAAGCCAAGCUGGAAACCAGCAGCUGCCCUCGUGCACGGACAGCCUGAGCAGCUGCCCCAGCACCCCUGAGAGCUGGACCUAAUGCCAGCAGCCACCGCUCCUGUCUGGAAAACCAGUGUGCCCACACUCCCCAUGGCCCCAUUGCCCUGCUAGCCCAUCCCCAGAAGCCUUGCUGCAGUGGGACCAGCUCAGGGCCCUUCAGCUCCAGCCCCACCAAAACAGCCCUCCUGCCCUCCAAGCCCACUGGCCAGCAUAGUGGUUUGGGGUUGUGCUGACAGAACCCUGACCAACAGCUUCGGGGAUCAGCCAUUUCUCUCCAAAUAAAUGGGGACAGAGCUGUUGCACAAGUGUCCGGGUGGUACCAACAGCAAACCCUGCAAGGCACAGGCACCAGCACCAGCUCCACGCCCGGGCACAGCCAUGGAUGCCCGCAAUGUUGGCUGGACAGGGCCAGGCAUGGGGCUCCUCCAACCAGCGGCAGGGCCCUGAGGGGCUGGGGCAGCCCAUGGCCAUGGCCAGCAAUAGGCAGUGACACCAACCUGGCCAGUGCGUGGUGCGGGAGGCAGUGACAGGAGCCCAAGCUGGCCAGUUGCAUGGACUGGUGAGGGAACAUUUAUUGCAAUGGAAUCAUCUGGCUGCAGGCCUCCUCCAGUGGGAUACCCAGGAAAAGAGGGAAGCCAUCAAGAAGCAUUUCCACAUCUGGGUGUUGAGCAUCCUGCUAAGAUGCUCCCUGAACAAGACUUUUGCUGCCAUGGGAGUAACAAAGUGGUGACCACCCGACUGCUUGAACAGCAUGUUGAAAGCCUGGCUGAAGCAUUUGUAAGAGUUCAGCUGUGCUAAGGCUGUGGCCACUGUUCACAGGACAGGGAAGCAAAAUACACAUCUACAAACUGGCCAUUCAUUAAUACAAAUAAGGCAGUUUGUGGGGGUACAACGGUAAGCACAUGGCUUUUUAGGCCAAAGGGCAAAGGCAGUUACUAUUGCCAACAAGGUGGAGAAGUGUUGAGGGGGAGAGGGUUUUAAUGCUUCUCCACAGGAAGUGUGGAUGAUGGUUUUUCCCUCCAGUGCUUUAGUGUGGGCUUCCUCUGUAUGUGUGGGCACUCUCCUGGUAAGAAAGCCCUGUGGGGGCCAUAUGUUGGUCCAUCUGCUCUUCGAGGGGUGUUGCACAUGGCCUGGGAAGGGUAUUUGGAGAGCUGCCAGGAGCCAGCCAAGAGGUCACCAGGCUCCUCUGCUGCUCACAAAAUUGAUGCUGUAGAUCACAGGGGCACGGGGAGAGCACACAGGGGAAUUAUCCCAUGUUUGCCUUUCUCUUACGUGCCACACUGGGCUUCACCCACAGGCAAGGGAUGCUGGGCUAGACUGACCAUUGGUUUGAUGCAAGCCUUCUGUUGAGAGAGCAGCAGGACUGGAGUCUUUUUUUCUCCCUCAUCUGUCAGGGACUCAUUGAUAACAUUCAGGUGACCUAACUUUAGACGCCUGAGCUACUUGGCUGGCAUGCCUGCACAAACUCUGGUAGGCUUUUACUGCAAGACAGUGGUCUCCCCCAAAGACAUACAAAAAAUGAUCAUAAGGUUUGCACCCUAGGAGGGCCUCAGUAAACUCAAAGGAGGGCUGAAGCAACCAUGCUGAAUGUAGAUAUCUGCCUUGUUAGGUGUAAAAUUGCUGUAAUCCUGGACUUUGUAUAAUUAAUUCUUGGCUUCUGUUUCUCUAGGAAUUAAAAAGGAAAUGCAAAUAAAAGGAAAUAAAUGCAUCCACACAGUGCAAGCUCUCGUCAAGACUAAAACACCCGAACAGCCUCCAUUGCUUCAUUAAGCAUGUGGAACAGCACUUCUCUAGUUAUGGGAUGUCACUGAGCCAACAGCUGCCAAAUCAGACCUCUAAAGUGUUUCCCCACUUGAAACGUAGAAGCAGCGGGUUGUCAGUGGGAAGCCUCACAAUCCAGGCUGAGCCGACACACAGCGAGGCAGCUGGCUAGUGCCUUGCUGCCUGGUAGUUCAGGUUUCCUUAGCUCCCAUCUUUUGUUUGCUAAAGCUCAGCUACCACUAUAAUAUGAAAAGAUUUAAAAAAUAUUCCACACCAGUGCAUGCCAGGCAUUUCACAGCCAGCCCAGAAGCACUGUACCAGCUCUACAUUUAGUGAUGACUGCAGGAACUGGAUUGGAAGAGCUCAGCUCUCCUACUCUACCCAACCUACAUUAUUACCACCCAUCUCAGCUAGGAGACACUCUUAAGGAGUGGAUCACAGUGUCUGGAUGCCCAUGCCUCUGUGGGAAGGAGGAUUACACACUGGCUGUCUUUGAGUGCUGAGCAUGACUUUGAACAGUGUUUAAUUAGACCACUGUUGGGGAAAACAAAGAGAUCAACAGGCCAUGAAUCUGCUUUGCUAUAGCAGUUACUCCUUUCCUGUAUGAUCACACACAAAUCCUACCCUGUCUCCUGAUCUAGAACCCCAACCAAACCCCAGGCUCCAAAACCACAGGCCAUUUUUAUCUUAGAGACUGGUCAGGGAAAGAAAUACCUCAUAUGACCAAGUGGGAGACCCAGGUCCACAUUCCCACCUUUCUAAACCUGACUGGUUUGCAUUUCAGACAAAUGCUUCAAGUAUAGGAUAAGCAGAAUCUCAAACCUAAUAGCAACUGCCUUAGUCAGCUGGAGAUUGUGGAGGGCUGUGCAGCUGGAGGUGCUGUGACAUUCAGAUUAGCACCGCCACCUUCACAUUUCUGGCCUUUAAGAGAGACUACCAUUUAAGCUGCUGUGCUUCUGUGCUAAGAAACUAAGCAUAUUCCCACAAGAAGUCUGAGCUGUGAAACAUUUUUGCUUUGUAGGUCGGUAGUCUGAACUAGCCUUUGGUUCUGCUUUAAUCCCACUGUGUAGAGAAAGCCAGAAAAGCCAGAGCUUCUCAGUUUAUAGCACAGCAGCAAAAAAAAAAACUGUGAUGGCUGGGAAGCGCUUGUUCUGGCAGGCUGCAGCUGUAGCCCCUGCGGCAGGCUGGGACACCCUGUGCCUGCAAAGGCUGGAGGAGCUGAGCAUCGGCAGAGCCAAGUAAAACUAAAAAAAAAAAAAACAAAAAAAAAACCUGAAGAGGGAUAUGGAGGGUAGGGUGGGAGCAAGGCUGCUGGCAAGGGCCUCCGGCACCCUGUCCCCAUGGCUAGGCACAAGGCCACACGAUGGCAGCCUUUCUGCACAAAUGUUUCAGCACACACGGAAGGAGUUCAGCAAUCCUGAUGGGCUAGUGGCUUUUUCGCUAACUUCUGACCCCAAAAGAGGGUGGAUUUUGAAAUGUUGAUCACUCAUAGAGGGAGAAAAGGAAUACCUUCUGGGGAGUUGCAGAAACGCGGAGCAUUUGUCUUUGACAAACUGGGAGCUGUGUUUGCAAGAGUAGCUACAGCCACCUUCUGGGUGGUGCAAAAUAUUAAGGAUGGUGUCCAUAUGCCUGUGACACACCUAAGCAAUGCUCAGUGCGGGGCAACCGAGCUGCUGGUGGCUCAAGAGCUGCUCCACACGGUUCUAGACCAGCUGUAGCAAAAUCUUGUGCUCAAUUAUUUCAAGGUCGGUUUGUAUUUGGCUUGCCAGAAAAGGCACAGGACAGCUGCUUAAUGUCUUAACACCCGGCCAAAAAAAAAAAACAAAAAAUGUGAGAGUCAAGAAUCUGCACAGUAGCCUGCUAUUAGCAAUAUUGCCAUUGGCAAUAAGGAGAAACAAAGAAGAACAUUUCCUUGGAGUCUGCCAAUAGGGUCUGCAACACAUGGACAAGAUUUCACCUUGUGCAUCUUCAGCCUAUAUCGCCACCAUCUUAGUAGUGAUAAGAAACCAGAGAUUUUUGGUGUAAAUAAUGCUGUUUUACUGUAAGAAUAUAGCUAUAGCAUCCUGAUCUACUUUCUACAACACAUCAUAUUAGAAAGCUUCUAAUGAAUUUGAAGAAAAUAGAAUUUUCACUAGAAGUAAAAGUUUAAGGAAACAAUAAGGAAAAACAGACAUAGAGGUGAGCAUAGUGUUCUGCUUGGUUCUUGUUGGUGUUUAGGAGAGGUGCUAAAAGAUCUGUAUAGAACAAAAAACUCCUGUUUCCAGAUAAAAAUUAGUUAGGCCUAAUUCUUAAAUUUAACACUCUAGCAAAAAUUUUACUGUGUUAGUUUGAAAUAUUAAUAUAAUUAGUUAUUAUGGCAAGCAAUUCCACAGAAGGGUACAGAAUGAGAAAAAAUCUCUGGCCUCCAAAAGGUCUCAGUAAAGUACAACAUGAUCCACUCUUCCAUAUGAUUCUGCAAAAACUUGCAUGGUUAAACCUCAGAAUUCUUCUCAGCUCAGCCAAAGGCAAGCAGCUGCUUCCUCAUGAUCUCCCAGCGUAAGACUGUGUUAUUAGUUCAGUGAUAGCUUGGAAGGUUAGAGUGGGUUGUACUUAUUACCUGCUGCUUUUCUCUUCACUCUCUCGCAAAGGUGUUGAGAGUUUAAAAACAGAAAGGUAUCUGUAAACUAGCUCUAGCCUGCAAACUGCAGCUGGCAUUGAAGCAUAAUCAGAUACGCCAAUCCCUCAGUUACAUGUACUUCGCAGUCUCACAACAAUUGUUUGUUUAAGAAGACUUUAUUUAAAGAAAAACAUAGCAACGAAGUAAAUGCACAGACGGGACUAAUUUUACCCUUUGGAUAAAAGUUAGGGUAGGGCAACAGGUAUCAUGGGAGUGUUUUAAUCCGUCAGAAAUGUGAAUGACUAAAUGGGUAAUUACUACUCUGAAUAUGUACCGUCACUGUGCCCCUCCUGCACUCACUUAAGAGUAUUUCUACAUUUCUCAUGCAACCUGCCUGUGUGACAAAUCCAUGCACACAUACUGUACCCAAUUAGUGUCAAGCAUAAGGGCUCCUCAGCCUGUGUCUUCUGUCUCUAAACCCCGCCUGGAAGCUAUUUGCCCAGCAUACAAAAAGUAAAUCACCAUUCUCCUAGUUCUCUCAGAGGACAGUUCCCAAAUAGGGACAAAAUAAACACAUGUAAUACAUGAUAAAGCAUUCUAAUUAAUUAGAUAAUAUUCUCCCAGCAGAAGUAGAUGCAGAAUAUUAUCUGCUUUAAGUAUUAAACAUUACAUGUAAUUAAAUAUGUCAGGGUAGGUGAGACAAGGCACUUGAAUAGGCACUUGUGGAAAACUAAUGAAACAGCCUGCUUAAAAAACCCCAAACAACAACAAAACAACUGGAAAUGAAAAAUAUCAAUGCAUACCUCCUACUGGAAGGAUAAAUUACUUUCUUUAUCUGUGUCCCUGUCUCUCCAGAAGCAUCAGUACCUGAAGAGGAGAGGAGAGCAGGGCAGGGACACACAACCUGCUCUGCACACCUACUCCUCAGACACCAACUGCACCAGGGUACAGUUGCUGCACCGUUAGCUUAAUUUGACAACUUAACAUGACCACACCUUGUAUAAUCAAUAGACACACUGUGCUCUUGGAAUGUCCCUAGUAAUCUCCUGUGACACCAACUAUUGCUCUUCACACACAUAUUCAAUUGACCAAACAUCAUACUUGGACAGAGGCAAUACUUGCUAAGAAAAAAGGAACUCUUACACCAGGAUGUAACACAAAUCCUACUGAAAUGAAGCCAAACCCAGAACCAUAUUUUAGUCUAGCAUCUGAAAAGUUGGUUUACCUAUGGACAGGCCUAGAAGGAGCUUAGGAGGCCACAGGAGCUACAGUGCUUCUUUAGGUAAGAAUAUUAGAGGCCAAAGGCAAAAGACUGGCCUAAAAAGGGCUUAAUUAAUUAGUUAAUUACCCAGGAGCAACUCUAGUGGGAAACACCAAGGUGAAAAUGCCUGUUUCAGUGUAGCUGGUGUAUAGUAGGUACUGAGCCUCUAGGCUGAGCUUCCUUUUUCUGCUUUCAUGCACAGAAGCCUCCCCCUUCUCCUCCACUCUCUUGUCUGCUAACAGCAGGCUACUGUGCAGAUUCUUGACUCUCACAAGUUUUUUUUAUUUUGGCCAGGUGUUAAGACAUUAAGCAGAAGUGUCGAAGGCUGGCUGGGUCAGAAACCAUUGUCUGCUAGUGAAGGAGCCGCUCCCCUAAGCAUAAAACAACUCUGGCGUGGCUUCAGUUUAAUGUUGUGCUGAAGAAGUUACACGCAUCAGAAAUGGAAGAGAAGGCCUCAGAGGAGAGCGCCAAUGGGCGUACUGCAGGUGUAGGACAAAGAAAGAGGGAUAUUUUCUUUCAAGUUAUUCUAACAGAGGCAGUGAGGACUUCAAGGAAACCAUUUGUAUCUCUUCCUCCUGCCAGUAAACAGAGCAUUAAACCUGUAAUCAAAGCAAAUUGGUACCCUGAGUGGCCAAGAAUGGGUAACUCCUGGCCUACACAGCACAAGAGAGCCAGACCACAUGGGUGCUGCACAGCCAGGCAGUGAGGACAGGAAAGCAGUCACUAGCACGUGGGAAAUUGUCUGCAGACAACUCAAGGAUCUGAAAGACCUUUGUUUUUUUAAGACUGCCCAUCCUGAUCUCUAACAUUUGCUAUUAUCAGAACUCAGGAGGCCAUUAAUAGAGUUACUGAGAGCAAAACAGAUUGCUGUGAAAGGGCAAAGAGAAACCCCCCUGUUUACCACUGUUACUCUAGGCUAAUCAGAUACUGGAUCCACCUUGGGCUGCUCCCUGUUGCUUUCUAAGAGCAAGCAGGUAAUGCAUCGGGAAUGACAUUUAACCAUAUAACAGAUGGAGGAUAUGCACCCACUCACUUAUUAUAUGCCUUGCUGGAAAAGCACACCUAAUUUGACAAAAAUCUAACUUCCAGCUAUGAAAUCCAGAGAACUUUUGUACCUGGCAAAGGUUUGGGUGGAAAUCUAUUGUGGGGUGCGUGAUGAGACCUGAGAGACCCCUGGUACUAAUGAAAGCAAAUGCUAGGCUGGGGAGCUUAGCUUAAGACAUACAAAUAUUUUUUUUGGCAAAAACUGACUUAGGUAUUGGAAUUCCUGCCUGACUCUAAGCAGAUAGAAUUAAGCAUGCCCGAAGGCUGAGGGUUGGCCCAAGCAGGGUAAACUACCUGGGAGUAAACGGCCAGCACUGUUCCUCACAGUCUGGCUGGCUCCUGGCAAUCAGUACAGGCUGCUUCACCUCAUUCACACCCAAAGCACCUGCAAACACAGGAGAUCGUCCUGUCUUUUCAAGCUUAUCACCUGAUCUGGGUGAUGUAAAGUCCUUUUCCUGGGAGGGGUAGCUGUGUGUCUUACCUAGGCAGGGGACCUCAGUGACUUUGAGCAGCGCAAACAACAGAGGAAGAUUUUUUGAACGUGGCUCAGUCUGUUGUGCCUUGGUGAGCACAUCCUUAACGUAGACGUGGAUCUGGCUUUGUUUUCAGCACGGUCUCUGGCUGCUGGAGACAGACGUGAUGGAUGCUUCCCUUCCUUGUCAGCAGCCUGACUGCUCCAUUACUGGGCGCCGCAGCCCUGGGAAACAGAGACAUGGGCAGCAUGUCUGCCUCAGGGAUGAUGGUCGGGGCCACUCCUGGGCCCCCAGCGCAGGAGACCGGACCUGACCCCCGUGCUGGCAAUCUGUUCCUGAUGAGAGUGUGGUACAAAACCCACCCUUUUUUUUUUUUUUUCUGGCUUGUGUUAGAAGGCACCUUUAGAGGUCAUCUAAUCCAACCCUCCUUGCGAUGAGCAGGGACGUCAUGGAAGAUGGUGUCCUGCUGGCUUUGGAAGGGGGUCACCCCUGGGUGUCUGAGACAGACUGGGAGGCCGCCCAGCACCUCUCCCCCACUCUGGCAGCGUUGGCUCUUGGCUGCCUUCCUCAGACCUCGGGGACACGGAAAACACCCAGCUCCUCCCGCCACACCUGGAGCACAACCAGCAGUGGCUGGAGGACGACGUGGAGCCGCCGCCUCUUGGGCUGUGAGUCAGGGUAGGCCACGUGAGGCCCAGCGCCAGCCCCGACGCCUACCCUCCCGCCCGCACGCCCUGCCCCGGGAUCCCGGCCCUCCGCACAGCCCUGCAGAGCUUUCCAACGACCACAGAAAGGAGCACACGGCGCGUAAGGAGAAAUACAAACGAGGAAGGCAAGCAGACAAAUAGAAGAAUUAUCUCACGGUGGCAUUGCCGAGGAGACUAGAAUAGGAAUGGUUUCAAACUGAGCUGGCGUGGAUCAGUUUUUGUUGUCUCGCUGGAAGAAACUACCAGCUUUCAUCACGACCACAGCCCUCCAGGACAUCUGCCUGUGGAACCAAGAGCUAGGACCAACCUAAGACUUGCAGCUGAGAACGAGUUCAUCCAGGGUGUGGUACGCUGGGUUCCUGUAUUUCAACAUCAGCUCUUGCUUACCUGGGCAGGGGGACAGAUGCAUUUCCUGCAUUCCCUAUCGGGUGCUCACAGUCUCACAUUGUCGGCAACUGUCACACAGUGCUGCUGCCACAGCUACAGCAGUGCUGUGCACCUGAAAGUCAGGCAAGGCACAGAAAUGGAGAAUUUAAAUGUCCCAUUCCCAGAUCUUACUGAAGAAGAUCAAGAUAUUUUCCAGAGGGUUUUUACUGCUGAUGCCAGUUACUUGGAGAAUCAUGAGGAAAUGAACCAGUCCUUCUGGGAAUCACUUGUAAAAUGUUUAGCCGCCACUGACCCACCUAUCCUGAACACUGAAGAAAAGAACAAUCUCCUCAACAGCUGCAGCGUCCUGCCUGGAGGCUGUGCAGCCUGCCUGAAAGCCAUAGAGAAGAAAGGAGUCAGAGCAAUGGCUGUUCUCUACCUCUUGCUGAAGGCAACCAACCCAUCUGGGUAUAGGCAGCUUCCGAGCUCCAAGGGAAAGGAUGAAAAAUUGAAACUCCUGAAGAGAUUGGAAAGGAAUCUCAUGCUCUCACAAGGGGAAAAAGAGGCUGAAAACUCACCCCAUGAGUCCAUGGAUGAAGAUACACAAGAAAGUGAUGGGGAAGACUUAGGAAGAGAGAAGACUGAAGGCCAGUUGCUUGGAGGCAUACCAGCAGAGGUUGUUCCCUACAGAGAUUCAGAGAUUGCCAGAAGAGAAGAUUCAAUUGCAGAUGCAUAUGAGGAUGAGAACACUUACCCCCCUCAGUGGACAGUACGGUGGAUGGGCAUACGGAAGGAUGAUGAAUUUUUUCACUUUGUCAUUCUUUGCUUUGCAAUUGGAGCUUUACUAAUUUGCUACUACUACUACAAAGAUUGGACUAUUUCUCUUGGAAUUGGUUUAAUCACCUUUGCUUCCCUGGAAACCACUGGGAUAUACUUUGGUUUAGUGUAUCGAAUUCGGAGUGUACUCAACAGUUUGGUUCCUCUGAUUGACAAAUUCAGGCCAACAGGUAUGAGGAAAGCUGCCUAGGAGGAGUAUUUCAGGAGAGUUCCACAAAACCCUGCUGUCUGAAUUUCUAGUAUUAAAAGAACUGCUUUAUGAAACAAACAUAAAAACUUAACAGCUAGUGUGAAAUAUUGAAAUGUUAAACCAUAGAAAGACGUAAUUCCCUCCCCUCAAAAAUAAAGCUGAAACUGUGUUAUGGGGUCCCAUUCUUUCUUCUGAAGUGACUCAUGGCUCAGCAAAGCCCAUAAGACAGCCUAGAUGUAGGUUUAUAUUUAAAUCCAUUAAAUAUAAACACAUGCUCCUUCCCUCCCCCAUGCAACCAUGUUAGUCUGCCUGUGGUGUAUCAAAAUCAACAAAAUGACCAAUAUUAUCCUCAGCUGGUUCUGGAUUAGGCUCUGGAUGUUUCAGUAGGAAUCCUGGCAGCCACAAAGUCACCUCCUCUUCACCCCUUGUGAUGCCGCGCACCAGGCAAACACUGGCUGCUUGCUUACACAGUUGAGCCCCAACAGUGCAAUAGCACUGAAGCAGAUGAAUUAAUUGUGGCAGAACUCAAUAUAGUGCGCGUAUAAUGAUUUCACCCAGUGAAAGCUGGGUGAGAUUUUACAUGCAGUGACAUAAUGGUGCAGUAAUGAGAUUAUUUUUCCCCUAGAAGGAGAGAUGAAAUUUGCCACUGUUAAUAAAGUGCUUUAUUUGACUCAUCCCCC